AUGUUAUUAUAUUUCUUCUUAUUAUUAAAUAUAUUUAUUCUUUUAGAAUAUUUAUACCAACCAAUUCUAACCUAUUUAAUACCAAGAAAUUUAGCUCCAAAUAUUAUUAGUAUUUUAGGAUUAAUUUCAUGUCUUCUAGCUUUGAUUGUGCAUUAUCUUAAUAUUUUUGGACGAUAUGAAUAUGUAUUAAUUGGGAUUUUACUAUUUUUAUAUCAAUUAUUUGAUAGUUUAGAUGGAAUGCAAGCAAGAAGAACAAAAUCUUCAAGUGCAUUAGGAGAACUUGUUGAUCAUGGUAUUGAUGCAUUUACAUCAGGAUUAAUUAUUGUUAUUUUAACUCGACAAUGUGGAAUGAAUCAAACACAACAAAUGAUUUUAAUACUUGAAUGUUAUAUAGUUUUUUAUAUGAAUCAUUUUAUUGUAUAUUUUGAAGGUAAAUUAGAAUUUGGAUAUAUAUUAAAUCCAACUGAAGCAUUAUGUGUAUUAAUUCUUUAUCAAAUAACUAGAACAAUUUUUAAUUUAACUCCAUCAAUUUUUCAAACAACAAAAUUAGGAAAUUUAUCAUUAAAUACAUUUAUUGUUAUUAUACUUAGUAUAUUUGCUUUACUUAAUGUUAUUACUAUUUUAGUUAAGGUAAGAAAUUAUUCUAAUUUAAUUAAAACAAUUUAUCCAUUUAUGAUUAUUCUUCUUCUUGCUUUAUUUAUUAUGAUGAAAAAAACUAAUUCAUCAAUUCUUCUUCAACUUAAAAUGUUUACUGCAAUAUUAUUAUUAACUCAUUAUAUUCAACUUUUUAUUGCUCAUUAUAUUCUUCAAAUAGAUCGUCCAGGAAUUGGCUUUUUAUAUUCUACUUUUAUGUUAUUUUCUAAUUUUUAUCUUGUGAAUAUUUCUAAUGUUAAUUUGAUUACUGGUAACUUAACUGGAAUAGACUCAUUUUCAACACUUAUUUUAAUAGUAUUUGGAUUUAGUUUUGCAUUUUUAUCAGAAUUAUCAUUGGUCAUUAAUGUGUUUAUUGUGUUCAGUAAAGUUUUAAGACUCCAUCCAUUUACUAUUUGA